AUGGUUAAUUUAAUUUUGGACGUUGGGCCUUCACCCAGUAGAAUUACAUUACCGGAAAAUUCUAUUUUCUCGGAAAAUGAAUUAAGACAGGGUGCCACAUUUGAUUUUUAUUUAUUACAAAACGGAAAAAUGUUUUGCGAAAACACAUUUCGAGAUUGUGACAUACACGCCAUACCCAGGUUAUGUGGAGGAAAGGGUGGAUUUGGUUCAAUGUUAAGAGCCAUCGGAGCUCAAAUAGAAAAAACAACAAAUAGAGAAGCUUGUCGUGAUUUAAGUGGUAGAAGGUUGAGAGACAUCAAUGAAGAAAAAAGAUUAAAAAAAUGGAUAGCAGAGCAAGCUGAGAGAGAACAAGAAGCAGCACUGAAAAAAAAAAAAAAAUUAGAAAAAUUAACAGAAAUCACAAAGCAUGAAUUUACAGAUGCUGAUUACACAAAAGCCAGACUUGAAAUGCCUGAAAAAAUUCACGAAUCUGUCGAAGAAGGUUUAAAAGCAGCCGUAAACGAAGAUGAGAAAAAAAAAGAAGGAGCAUCCACUUCAAAUCAACUCAAAAAAAAAGCUAAGAAAAAAAAACCAAUCAAAGGAAAUCUAUGUGAUAGCGAUAAAGAAAUACCUAAGAAAAAGUUAAAAGUAUCUUGA